CUUUUGUGAGCAACAGGACUCCAAUUCCACAGGUUCAGAGGAAUAUAAUUUUCAAGUUGUCUGAAUCACUUAUAAAUAAUUUCAAUAAACAUCGCAGAGUACCUGUAAAGAAAACAACAAAAUGGCCGACCCAACAAUCGACGUAAACGUCGACCUCGACAUUCAACAAACUCUCCUCGUCGCCUCUCAACACGACAUCCCCAAACUCCGUCUCCUAAUCCGCGAUAACGCCCAAACCGGCAACCCCGCCAACGUCAAGGACCCAGAGACGGGAUUCACGCCGUUGCAUGCUGCUAUUGCUGCGUGCGAACCUGACGACGAGACAGAGGAAUCCAAGGAUGUGCGGGCCAAUGGUGCAGAAGACGAUAAUGCUGGUGGGCAGGAUGCAGAGCAGGAAAAAGUAAAGCAGGCGGGUCUGGAGACGGUGCGGUUUUUGUUGCAGGAGGGUGCUAUUUGGAAUGAUUUGGAUUUGAAUGAUGAGACGCCGGGGUGUCUUGCGAGACGCCUUGGGUUGGAGGAGAUUUAUGCGACGCUUGUUGAUGCGGGGGUGCGCGCGGAGUUGUUGUUGAAUCGGUUGGAUGGGUAUGAGGCGUUAAUUGAGGAGGAGGAUGAUGAUGAUGAGGAGGAGGAGGAGGGGGAACAGCCGGAGCAGCAAGAAGGGGAGACUAAGGAGGAAACGGUGACGGAAGAAGAAAUCCCCCAACUUGUCGAAGCGAUCACUGUAGCCACAGAAACCGCACCAGAAGCAGGCACAGACGCAGAAGUCACAAACACCAAUUACCUCAACAGCAACUUAACCUUCCAAAACGACCGGCUUCUGGAUGCCUCCCAAAAUGGCGUAAUGAUGGCCUGGGAAUCAGAAAUCAUGUCUCGCAGCGCCAAAAACCUCCUCCCAACUCCAAACCUCCGCGUCCUCAACAUCGGCCACGGCAUGGGCAUCAUCGACACCUUCUUUCAAGAACAGUCGCCCUCAUCGCACCAUAUCAUCGAAGCACACCCCGACGUCCUCGCGGAAAUGAAGCGCAAGGGAUGGCAUGAGAAGCCCGGCGUUACGAUCCACGAGGGUAAGUGGAGUGAGGUGUUGCCGGCGCUGGCGCAGGAGGGCGUGACGUUUGAUGCAAUUUACUAUGAUACGUUUGCGGAGUCGUAUGCGGAUUUCAAGGAGUUUUUCAGUGAGCAAGUUAUUGGGAUUUUGGAGGAAGGGGGUCGGUGGGGGUUCUUUAAUGGGAUGGGGGCGGAUAGGCAGAUUAGUUAUGAUGUUUAUCAGAAGGUGGUUGAGAUGGAUUUGUUUGAGGCUGGGUAUGAUGUUGAGUGGGAGGAGAUUCCGGUGCCGAAGCUGGAGGGCGAGUGGAGCGGUGUGAAGAGGGCGUACUGGGUGGUGGACAAUUAUCGUCUGCCGCUGUGCAAGUUUAUGGAGUAAAUAUUAGAGCACAAACUAGAGAAGAGAAAGCAGUUGCCAUGAUGCUUCAGAUAACUAUUUAUACAAAGACCAUAUUUCACUGUGUUCGCCCACCCCAAGACAACAUUAAGCGCCGGUAAGAACGAGGAUUGCCGGAUCAUAAACCAGAUAACAUCACAUUUUUUUUUGUCCGUUUACUUUUCAGAUUGAACUUAUUUUGUGUCCUCCGCACCCGCGUUGACGUUCAAGCCCAGACCCUGG